UCUUGCCGCAGCGAAAUGAGACCCGAAAUUAGAACCGGGGAAGCCCUUAGUUUUCCCGCUCCUCCAGCCAGCUCAUGUGUCUUGGAUCGGAUGAACUAUAACAUUAAAAAGAUAGAUUAUCUUACAGCUCGGCUCGUUUUAGGAUGGUCCUCAGCAACGACCCCUACCUGACUGGGGCUCGAGUGCAGUCCAUUCGUGCCCAUAUUUCAUAAACGACGUUGAAAAGCUAUGUGAAAAAAAUCCAUUUUAAGAAGAUUUAUUCCUCUGUAAUGGAGAAGUAUGAAAAAAUUGGGAAAAUUGGAGAAGGAUCCUACGGAGUUGUUUUCAAAUGCAGAAACAGGGACACGGGUCAGAUCGUGGCCAUCAAGAGGUUUCUGGAAUCAGAAGAUGACCCUGUCAUAAAGAAAAUCGCCCUUAGAGAAAUCCGCAUGCUCAAGCAACUCAAGCAUCCCAACCUCGUCAACCUCCUGGAGGUCUUCAGGAGGAAGCGGAGGCUUCACCUGGUGUUUGAGUAUUGUGACCACACAGUUCUCCAUGAGUUGGACAGAUACCAAAGAGGGGUACCAGAACAUCUUGUGAAGAGUAUAACUUGGCAGACACUGCAAGCUGUAAACUUUUGCCAUAAACACAAUUGCAUACAUAGAGAUGUGAAGCCGGAAAAUAUCCUUAUUACAAAACAUUCAGUGAUUAAGCUUUGUGACUUUGGAUUUGCUCGGCUUUUGACUGGACCAAGUGACUGCUACACAGACUAUGUGGCUACCAGGUGGUACCGCUCCCCAGAGCUGUUAGUGGGGGACACACAGUAUGGACCUCCUGUGGAUGUUUGGGCAGUUGGUUGUGUCUUUGCUGAACUGCUAUCAGGAGUGCCUCUGUGGCCAGGGAAAUCAGAUGUGGAUCAACUCUAUCUGAUUAGGAAAACCUUGGGAGAUCUCAUUCCUAGACACCAGCAAGUAUUUAGCACGAAUCAGUACUUCAGUGGGGUGAAAAUUCCAGACCCUGAAGAUGUGGAACCACUUGAGUUAAAAUUUCCAAACAUCUCUUAUCCUGCCCUGGGGCUCCUAAAGGGUUGCCUCCACAUGGACCCUGCUGAGAGAUUGACAUGUGAACAGCUGUUGCAGCACCCAUAUUUUGACAGCAUCAGAGAAGUAGGGGAUUUGACAAAAGAACAAGACAAACCAACAAGGAAGACUUUAAGACAGAACCGAAAGCACCUGCCUGGGGUAAAAAUGGUGCACUGCUUUACAGAAACAACCAAGUUGCAGUACUUACCUCAGCUUACUAGCAAUAACAUCCUUCCAGCUUUGGAGAAUAAGAAGUACUACUGUAAUACCAAGAGAUUUAACUACCAUUUUCCAAACAUUUAAGAAGCUAGGAGAUUGGUGAUAAAGGAAGAAGUGACCAAUAAGUUGAAGAAAAGAAAACUUACACAUUUAGUUAAAAACAAGCACAGUGUUGAAAACACCCCAGGAGAAAAUAUAAACAACUGGGAAGCCACUUGGCAAGAUAUGAAGGGAAAUUCCAGAUUCAGUCUUCCAUGCGUGAUGAUGGUGUCCAGAAUAGAAAAAAAAAAAACAAACUUGGAGUUUCACUUGUAUUUUUGUUUAUCUAAGAAGCUGAGCUUAUGGACAGAAUAUAAACUAUAUCCACUGCCCAUACUUCUAGAAAAAUUAGAUGAUGUCAAAAAGAUUUAUGCUUUAGUUAUACUGUAUGCCACAUAUGAAAAAUGAAUUACAAAAUGUCCAUAUGUAUUUCCUUGGAUCUCUGUUGCCCCGAGUCCUAACUUCUGCCUUGCAGAUAGUUUGACAUCAAUGUAAGCAGAGUUGUAGUUCUUGAAAUCAAAAUGUUUAAAAUUCCAUUUCCUGCUUGCUCUGUCUCUUGAUUUUUGUUUUAAAGUUUUUUUUAAGUUAUUCAAAGUAUUUAAAAUCUUAUGUUUAAUAUAAAGAUUUUGUGAUUGCCUGUACAUUUAAUGAUUAUGUUUAUACAUUUCUUGAAAAUACUUUUGUCUUUACCUUUAGUAAAGGAUGCAUCUUAGUCA